AUGGGGAGGGGGCGUCUCUGGGGAUCCCAAAAAACAGCGACCAUUAACAGGGGGGGGAGCCCAAAAUCAGCAGCGACUCUUAUUUUAUUUGGGGGGGGGCACACGACCCUGGGGACCACCAGGAUUGGGAAGGAGGGACCCCCAAAGACCCCCCCCAAAACACCAGAGGCCCUUUGGUGUUGGGAGGGGCACACGGGGACCCCCAGGAAAAUCAGAGUGACCUUUAGGACUGGGGGGGCUGGGGACACACGGGGACACCCCAGGACCUCGGCAGUGGGGGGGGGGGUCUCCGUCCAGGUUACCGGGGCCCCCCCAGCCGGAACUGGGGGGACUGCCCGUGGUGGGGGUCUCGCAGGGGUCGCCCGGGGCACCUUCACGGUGGUGGCCUGGCCGCGGGUGGCCGUGGUGGCCUUCGGGGGCUCGGUGACCGUCAACUGCAGCCGCAGCGCCUGCCCGGGGGACAACGCCACGCUGGGGCUCGAGACCCCCCUGGCCGCGACCCCCGGGGCCGGGGGGCUCCGCUGGCAAAGCUUCCGGCUCCAGAACGUGUCCCGCUGGAACCCCGGGCCCGUCACCUGCUCCGGCCGCUGCGGCGACACCGAGGCCAACGCCAGCGCCGGCGUGCUCGUGUACCAGCUGCCGGAGCGGGUGGAGCUGGAGCCGGUGCCGCCGGUGGCGGUGGGGGACAGCCGGAACCUGACGUGCCACGUGCUGGAGGUGGCACCGCUGCGGAACCUGACGGUGACCCUGCGGCGCGGCGCCGAGACGCUGCGCACCGAGAGCUUCGGCGACGCCGAGGGCAGCGCCAGCGUGGCCGUGAGCCACCUGCUGACCGCCACCCGCGGCGACCACGGCCAGGACGUCACCUGCCACGCCGAGCUGUCCCUGCGGCCGCACGGGCCCCUGUUCGCCCGCGCCGCUGUCCCCGUCACGCUCUCGGUGUUCGGUGAGCGGCGGCGUUGUGUCCUUCUCCCAGUCCGCGGUGACCUCGCUGUCGCCCUCCCGGUCACCGGGGCUCUGUCCCUGCUCUGGGGCCGCGUCCCAGUCCCGGUGAGCCCGUGUACCCGCGGUGUCCCCGCAGCUCUCCCGGAGCCCCCGCAGCUCCAGGCUCCCGCCAUCCUCGAGGCCGGCACCGCGGCCGCCGCCAGCUGCCGCAUCGCCGGCGCCUUCCCGGCCGGGGACAUCCGUGUCACCGCCGCGCUGGGCCGCGAGCCGCUGAACGUCAGCGUGGCGGUGGCCGGGGACACGGUGACGGCCAGCACGGAGCUGUCCCCGCGCAGCCCGGGCCCGCGGGAGCUGAGCUGCACGGCCGCGGUGGCCACGGCGGCGCGGACGGCGCGGAGGCAGCUCCACGUUUACCGAUUCCCCGCGCCCGCCCUGGAGCUGAGCCCGGCCCCGGCCGCGGCGGGCAGCGAGGUGACGGUGACGUGCCACGCCGGGGCCACCGAGCCGCCCGCGGCGCGGCUGCAGCUCCGCGAUGCGGACGGCGGGGUCCUGGCCGAGGGCCCGCAGCCCCGGCUGCAGCUCCGGCUGCUGGCCCGGCGCGACGACGACGGCCGAGAAUUCCGGUGCCGGGCCAGCCUGGCGGUGGGCGACAGCGUGGUGACAAAGGACGCGGAGGCGCGGCUCGAGGUGCUCUAUCUUCCCGAAAUCCCGGCCAGCGGCUGCCCCGGCAACCGCACGUGGGUGCGGGGCGCUCGGGAAGCGCUGUCCUGCCGCGCCACCGGCAACCCCGCGCCCACCGUGGUGUGCGGCCGCGACGGCGUCGCCGUGGCCACCGGCGAGCCCGAGCCGGUGACCCGCGCCCGCGCCGGGACCUACCUGUGCAACGCCACCAACGCGCUGGGGACGCGCAGCCGCCGGGUCACCGUCCGCGUGGAGUGUGAGUGGCACCGGGGAGCCUGGCUGGUGGCGCUGGCGGCGCUGGGAGCGCUGGGCGCCGUCACCGCGCUGGGGCUGGCGGCGGCCGGCGGGUUUUACCUGAAGAGCACGGCGUGCAAGAAGGGCGAGUACAACGUGCGCGACGCCGAGGGCUCCUCCGAGGCCGCCUGCCUGCACCGGCACCGCGAGGCCCGCGGAGAGGCGUUCGGCAUCCAGCUGAGCCCGCCGUGA